AAAGGAACUGGGACACAGCAGGGUAGAUUAAUACACCGGCAAAGGCUGAACAGCAUUAGAAUAGAACACAGCAGCUCUUAACGAGUGCUUAGCGCGCCAAUAUAUUUGAUUACAGACUACUUGUCUGGUAGAGAGAACGACUGCCGAUCCAAAACAUUUUGAAUUGUAUCCUACUGUUUUUAUUUAAUCCGUGCUGAUCUGAAAGCACGUAAAGGUGGUAUUUUGUGGGGACCGAUAUUAGUGGGAAACCUAGGUUUCUUUCGUGUUUUAUUUCACAACCCUCUAGGAAUGCUUACUCAGAACAGGAUACAAAAGAUCUGGAUUCCUUCAAAGGAUGACAAACCAGCAGUCCCCCGGCGAUCGACGGGGGCCCCACACCUGGCCAACCCCCCCACAGUGAUUGUGAUGGUGGGUCUGCCAGCCAGGGGGAAGACCUACAUGUCCAAGAAACUCACCCGAUACCUCAAUUGGAUCGGCAUGCCCACCAAAGUCUUCAAUGUGGGAGAGUAUCGCAGAGAAGCAGUCAAGAACUACAGCUCGUAUGACUUCUUCAAGGCUGACAACGAGAGUGCCGUGAAGAUCAGACAACAAUGUGCCUUAGCAGCUCUGAGGGACGUUGAGUCUUACCUGACAGAGGAGGGAGGCCAGGUUGCAGUCUUUGAUGCCACCAACACUACUCGUGAGAGACGAGACAUGAUCCUGGACUUUGGCAGUGAGAACGGCUUCAAGAUCUUCUUCAUUGAGUCGGUGUGUGAUGAUCCCAGCGUCAUCGCCACAAAUAUCAUGGAAGUGAAGGUGUCCUGCCCAGACUAUCAGGACUGCAACAAGACAGACGCCAUGGAGGACUUCCAUAAGAGGAUAGAGUGUUACAGGGUUCACUACGAACCCCUGGACCCAGACCAGUACGACAGGAGCCUGUCCUUCAUCAAGGUGAUAGAUGUAGGCAGAAGGUUCCUGGUGAACCGGAUCCAGGACCACGUCCAGAGUAAGAUUGUCUACUACCUGAUGAACAUCCACGUCCAGCCCAGAGUCAUCUACCUGUGUCGCCAUGGAGAGAGCAUGCACAACCUGCAGGGACGCCUGGGGGGAGACUCAGGGCUGUCGCCAAGGGGGAGAAAGUUUUCUGGGGCGUUGUCAAUGUUUGUUAAAGAGCAGAACUUGACGGAUCUGAAGGUGUGGACCAAUCAGAUGUGUUGCAGCAUCCAGACUGCUGAGAGCCUGGGAGUGCCCUACGAACAGUGGAAGGCCCUUAACGAGAUAGACGCUGGGGUGUGUGAGGAGAUGACGUACGAUGAGGUGAAGGAGAAGUACCCUGAGGAGUUUGCUCUGAGAGACCAGGACAAGUAUUACUACCGCUACCCCACAGGAGAGUCCUAUCAGGACCUGGUCCAGCGGGUGGAGCCAGUGAUCAUGGAGCUGGAGAGACAGGAGAACGUUCUGGUUAUCUGUCACCAGGCUGUGAUGCGCUGUCUCCUGGCUUACUUCCUGGAUAAGAGUGCAGAAGAGAUGCCCUACCUGAAGUGUCCCCUCCACACGGUGCUGAAGCUCACCCCCAUUGCCUACGGCUGCAAGGUAGAGUCCAUCUCUCUCAACGUGGAAGCGGUGAACACCCACAGAGAGAGACCAGAGGAGAUGAAGAAGAAUUCUGGGACUCUGAUCAGGAGGAACAGUGUGACCCCCCUGACCAGCCCCGAGCCCAACAUCAAGAAACCCCGCAUCGACGGCCUGGACGAACCCCUCCAGGAGAUGCCCAUGUCCCUCUGCACUCCUUCCCACCUCGCCUUGGCCGGACAGCACUGGCUGGGCAAAGUCUGCCUAACAUGAAGAGAAUGUCCAACGAUCGCCAUGAGAUCCUGCAGCUCUGCCAAUGAGAUCGCACUGCCUCGUUACCUGAUCCAAGACCCCAGGAAGUGAAAGCCGGCAAAGAAAGUUCAACAAUGUCACCAUUAUGGACAUUGUUGUGUGUGUAUGUGUCCCCCCCCCCCCCCCCCCCCCCCCCCCCCCCCAUCUUCCUCUUUCUGGAGAUCACAGGGCACUUCUUUUCUCACACAGGCGUGUUAGUGCGUGUCUGGUCUGUGUUAUCUGCCAGUGCUUGUAGUUCAAACACUUUGCCUCUGGGAAAGAGAGAGAUAACACUGUACAUUAGAGGUCUUCACAGGUCCACCCAAAAUUCUAAGUUUUCCAUCCGGUCUGAUGUCCUCCAUCCGGGUCAAUGUAACUAUAGCCGACAGACCUGACUGGACCCGGCCAUGGCUCUGCAUAGCCUAUAGCAUAUUUAUUUACCAGUAAAACAUAAUGUAUGCUACUAUACAAUACUGUACAACAUGUCUCAAUCACUCUGCUUUCUCUGGUUCCUCCGAAGUGAAUCUGUAGUGACAGCUCACCCUGGAAUUAUGGUUUAAUUAGUGUAAUAGCUCUGUGAUUCUAAGGAACUAUUAUAUCUGGUUUGAGUGACUACUUGGCACUCGGCAACGCAUCCUUCAGAGAGCUGGAACCAGGCCAAAUAUUUGAAAUCUCCCUUUCUUGACAACCUCCUGAGAUCUGAGUGAUGAGUCAUGUAUCCAUGGUUAUAUCACUUUUUUAAAAACGGAUGGAAUCGUUUAGUUUACGAUGUAAACAUUUUCCUAUAGGAAUGCCUCUGAAAUAAUGACUACCCAAAUUGUGUUUGUCACUUUUGUUGAUGUUGAGCACUUGUUCACUUUUUUUGUUAUGAUUUUAUUUCUAAAGAUUUGAGUAUCAUACUGUUACUGAACAACCGGUGUACUCAUGCUAUGACAUGAAUGAUUAUUUUGCACAGCAAAGUUGCUAUUCCUAUUGAGUGGUGUGAAUGACUGUGUCCAUAGACACAAUUGUCUCUUUCUGUCUUUCUCUCCGAAAGGAGAUUUGGACCUAGAGUGCCUAGUGCUUGUCCUGCAAGCCCAAUGCUGCUUCUGCACCCAUAUAGCUGGCCAUAGAAAUUCAGACAUAUGCUACCUUCCGAGUACAUGCAGUGUAACGUGUUUCACUUUUCUUUGUUAAGCCAGCUACUAACAUGUGUGAGCAUUUAUAUCUUUGUUAUAAAAAUACGUUCUGUAAAUAGACAUGUACAUAUAUCAGACUUGAAGGAAUGCUCAGCGUUUGGAAUGUUCAAGUCUAGAACUGAGUGGAAAGGUAUUUUGUAGAUGCUCUUUUUUUUUUACCUCUCUCUGAUUGGCUGAUUCAUACUUAAUUGUAAGUCGUGUACUACUCUGCCCUACAAAGGUAAAACGCAGUAACUACGCCAACAGUGAAACUGAGAAAAAUGGCUUUGAAGUUGUUUUGCUAGCCAGCCAAAUAUGUUCUGCAUAUCAUAUUGGCAGUACUACUUUUGUUCAUUUGUUUGCUUCUGAUACUUGAAUUUUGUUUUUUUGUAAGACAUUUUUUUCUCAAGCUAUUUAUUUCUAUGUAGAUUUAGAUAAUGGUUUGGAGCGGAUGGCACCUGAGUACUGUGUAUGACUUGUGUAUGGCAAGCAAAGCGUCUGAGAGAACAUGUGUAAAUUCUGCAUUUGCUGGGCCAAUAAAUCUCCAGGAAAAUAAGCCA